CAAUUGUUGAGGGUUUUUUGCUUGUUUAACUUGAAAUUUGACACGGUAAAUCACUAUUCACUAAAACCCCACCACAAUACUUCAACUUCUUGACUUAGGAGUAAAAUUAACUAAAUUAACAACUAAGAGGCUUUGACUUAAAAAUCAGAUGGUACAUUAUUUUUUGGGGGAGUGAGCCCCCCAAUAAAAUACCGCCACGUACCCCCAUAAUUAAAUGUACAUUUUAAGAGAAAUCGAUGGAUACGGCUAUAAUGAAGUUGGACCAAUAGAUACAGUCUUUGAUGAUUAGCAUGAAAAUUAAAAAAUUAAUUGGAUCACAUGAUAUCAUAUCAUAAUUAACUUCCCCCCGUGUUUCAGUUUCUUAGUGCUGACGGCUCGCCCGAAGUGAGCCACCGCCCACGUUAACUUCCAGCCCCACAUUUCUAAGUCCACACACAUGCACAUUUGCACUUGCUCUCUCACUCUUUCUCCUUUCCUUAUAUAUACACUCAUUUUCUCUGUCCUCCAUCCUACCCUCACCCUCACCCUCUCUAUCCAUCUCUCUAUCUCUCGUCCUCUCGAGCUAAAUCGUAUUGUAUUGCUUACUCAUCGGUCCCUUGGAAUCACCUACUUGAUCUAUGAUGAGUAUCCCGAAUGACCAUCUUUUUCAAACUCUACCACCUCGGCCAUUGCCUAUGACGUCGGACAGUAGAUGGAGGGUCAGUAUCAACCCUGCUCCUAACUGUCCGCGUUGUGCUUCAUCAAACACAAAGUUUUGUUACUACAAUAAUUACAGCUUGUCCCAGCCAAGAUUCUUCUGCAAGGGGUGUAGGAGGUAUUGGACUAGGGGUGGGUCUCUUAGGAAUGUCCCUGUUGGUGGUGGAUGUCGUAAGAGCCGUCGUUCAAGGUCUACUAAAGGCUUUUCGAGUGGUUUAACGGGUCUUCGUUCUGAUAAUAAUCCAUCAUCUAACUCGUCUUCAUCUUGUUCAGAGUCGGGUUGUCCUGACAUUGACAUGGCUGCAGUUUUUGCUAAGUUUUUAAAUCCUGGGCAAGAAAAUGUCAAUGAUGAAAUAAACGAGGCAACAACAAACACAUCUUCUGAAGCUUCUUAUGGUUCCCCAAUAUCCAGCUCCUGCGGACUGGAGAAUGGGUUAGAGUAUCAGAAGUUGUCAGAUGAUUUUCUCGAUCUUGUACCAUCUGAUCACAGACAACUUCAAGCAGAUGAGGUGAAUCAGGGUUUCAUUAACCCUGAUCUGGCCUCUUUCGACGACAUUAUAGAAGAUGUUUUCUGGUCAGAAGACUCUGAUUUAUCCGGCUUCACAUGGCAGCCGAUAGCUCAGAUGCAGGAAUUUGAUUCAUCGUUGCCACCUGCUCAUGAAUCACAGACAUCAGCAGAUCUAUUCUCCAGCGAUAACUGGAGUUACUUCGAUACUGCAGGACUUGAAGCAUUCUCUGGACCUUGACAGUCUAAGGGAAAAAUAAUUUUUGCUAUCAGAAUUCACUUCCUGGCUCAAGUUGCUCAUUCUGCUUAGAAUUACAAACAGAAGAUUUCAUCACUCAGGAGUAUAUAGAGGAAACCGAUGCUAUGUCUAAGCUUAAGCCAUCAACAAUUUUUUUUUUUUUUCCUUGGCUACAGCCUACGGGAGGUCUUCCCACUCUUGUAAUACUGUAAGAAUUAUUUACUCAGAGAUUAUUGGUAUAUAGAAUACCUAUACAAUGAAAGACAAUAAAAUCCACAUACUUGUAUAAGUCAGAGUUACAAAAAUUCCUAAUAUGCAUAAUAUCAUUGAUUCAGUUACAGACUUACAGAUGGUUCUCGUAAUAUAAUUAUUACUAUUCAUGUUUAAAUAUAUUUCCAUUUUUUCUUAUUCCUUGUUCUCC